AUGAAGCUAUCUAUUUUCACGUCGGAGACGAGCGUCAUCAAACUCUUUGCCGACUCUGAGAUCUUUGACGCCAUCCCGGAGUCGGAGAAUAUUUCCAUUGUCGAGCUUUCCAACGAAACAGGGUGUCGACAGGGUCUCCUGGAACAGUCCGUCAACUUCCUAGUUACCGUGGAUGUCUUCUCAGUGAUGUCUAGCCGCAUUGGUCAUACGAAGAACUCGAUGCGCUAUUGGACCAAGAGUUUGACCACGAGCUAUGAGGUCCCCGAAACAAUGUCCCACAUAUCGGGCCUACUACACCGUGCUGUGUCCAAGGCUACGGAACGAAUGCUGAUCACAAGGAUGUAUGAUUUCUCUUGGGUUGUCGCAGCGGCUCGGAGCGGGGGAGUGGGAUCCAAAGCAUCAUUGUGGAUAUCGGAGGUGGAAGGGGACCGGUUUUCCGAGCAUCCCCCAGUAAAACCCGCACAUCCCGGCAGCUAA